UCUAGGCCCUUUCCAGGGAGUCUUUAAACACAAGCUUAUUUUGGAGGGAAAGGGACAGGUAACAAAAAACCUGCUAAAACGGUACUCACAUUAAACAGUUUGCUUUGAUGCCAAAAUAACAUUUAUUGUUAUCUGAGGCCAGCUGCCUGACUUCUCUCUAGGAUUCUAUUUGUGAAGUUUCUACGUCUAUAAAUGGAAGCACUGGCUAACCAGAAAUUAUCACCAGCACUGCCUGUUACAGCUCUGUCUCACAACUUGAAAAGUACAGUGAUAUCUAAUAUGUAGUCAGAUUAAAUCACUUCUACCCAGGAUCUGAGGCUCUUUUUCUGGGACAUGGAGUUAGAAAAGCAUGAAAAAAAAAUCUCAGCAAAAUACACCAUAAAGGAGAAGCUGACGCUGCAUCCUACACAUGGUCAGCAAUUUGGAAAAAGAGACAUACAAGUCACCAGUCCACUGAGUUUCCUUAGCACAGAACCGGUCCCCUCUGGAGAAUCCGGAACUAGACCUUUGACCUUCACAUUUGUUCCAUCUAUCGGACAACUUCCAACUCACUUUCAGGUUGUAGAUGUCUGUGAACUGGUGAGAACUUCAGAGGAGCCAAACAAUGAAAGCAGUCAAGAAAUUAUCAAUAGGUCUACCGUAGGCUCUGAUGACCUGGCCUUAAAAAGUGGAAUCAGGCAAGACAGUGAAUCCACCUAUCACACAGGCACCAGCCAAAAGAUUUUCCGGCCGAAAGGGUGUAACACGAGCAAAGGAGAAAUGCAGGAGAGUGACCUUUUCAAGGCUGAGUUUGUCUUUAUUACGGACUCUGAUGAAGGAGAUGAAGAGACCGUUGGCAGAAACAAUGUUCAGCAGCCUUCUGUAGGUCAUGGCACUGGGCAUGCGAGAUGCCAGUUAUUGGCUACCUCCCAUAUUUCUUCUGGUGGUGAGUCAAGCAAACCUCAUGGUGACCUGAAUGUUCCUGAGACACAAUGUGCUGCACUGUCGCACAGUACUACUCGUUCCCCAAAACAGCGCCAGUUAACUUCUCCUUCUACUUUUGAUCAUCUUUUUCAUAAACCACCUGCUGCCUGCUUAAUUUCUCCAACUAAACUGAAAGUAGAAUGUGACAUUGUUAAUCCGAAACAAGUCUCUUCUCUGGAAGAAUCCUAUAGCAAGUGGCAGUCUGCAGCUAGGCCUUCUAAACAAGAUUCAUCUACAUGUUUCCAGGCUACUGCUCACAGUUCACCUCUUUACAUGCCCCAGAGAUCACCAUCUGUAUUAAACAGCCCUUCUUCCAGUACUCAAUUCUCCAAUAACCUUCAAAUGCCAAAUAUUGUUACGCCUAACUAUGUUUACAAAAUGUCUGAAUUCACAGCAUCAUCUGUUCCAAGCAAGAGUCCAGCUCCAGUUUCAUAUUUUCCCAAUUCAGCAGGAACGCCAGGUUCUCCAGAUCAGCCUGUAUCUCCCUGUUCUUCUAAGCGAUUUAACACAUUUUUUGCCACCCCUGUCUAUAUCACAGCACAUUCAUUAUCACCUAGUCCUAAACCACUCUCGUCCCCAUUUUUUGGUUCCUCCUCAACCAUAUGCAGUAUAAAUGAGCCUUGUAGCAGGAUGUCCUCUAGUGGAAAUCUGCUAAAGUCAGGAAUUAGAUCCCCUCUGCCAACCAGACUCUCUCUUUUAACUGCUAUUCUGAAGUCAGGCCCAUCUCAGCAAAGACCACUCUCCCCUGCAUCCUGUCCUCCUACCUUUUCUCCUAACUCCCUUCGCUCCUCAACUCUCACAAUAGAUCAAAAGUUUAAAACAAGUCCCCCUACUCCUAAGAAAUCUGCCUCAAGCUUUUCUAUUAGGUCAAACUCUCCAAGUCAAGAGGAACAUUGGCCUUUACUAUUUUCUCACUCGCCCAUUCCUGUGCCUUUGUCUUCAAAUCCUAUUUCUGCUCCUCGGGCUAGAUCCCUUUCCCCUAAAAAGCACCUUCAUGCCAGAACACUUUCUCCUGAUUCAUUAUAUCCUCUAUCAUCCACCAUUUCUUCUUAUAGGAAAAGAGUUGUAUCCCCCCUGUUACAACCUAAAUCAUCUUCAGAGCUGCCCCCUGUCCCAAAACACUCCUCUUCCCUGAAUCCUGCAAUUUCUCCUACAAAACUGUUGCCUUACCCUGUCCACAAAACUCAAAGGCCUGAAAAGUCUAGGAGAGUCCACACCUACUCACCCACUUUCACUUGUAAAUCAUACCCUUUGUCCUCUCCUGCCAAUGAAAAAGGCACAUUCUCCCCUAUCCUAGAAAAAUGUUCCUCUUCUUCUCCAAAUCUUUUGCACCCAACCUAUAAAUCAAAAGCAGGUUCAUCUCAGCUGUCUGCUCAGGAAUUGAAUCCUGUCUCCCCUACCCCUUCAAAUGUCUCAACUCAUUGGUCUUCCUCACCUCCUAAUUCUACAUCGCCUAUUUGGCCACUCUAUAAUGUUCAUUCGCACUCACCACAACUUAAUUCCUCCUCACUGCACCCAAAACAUAGAGUUUAUUCCUCAGCUGCAAGACCUAAGCAGUUGCCCACUAUAUCAGUACCACCAUGUAGAUCUCCUGUCCCAGGCCAGUCACCUUGUACACCGUUGUCAAGAUCCAGGGAGCUGAGUUCACCAAAGUGUUUUUCCCGGCCUCCUGAUCAUGAAAGCCUGAAACCCAAGCAAUACAAGAUCAAGACAAGCUACAAGGCUUUUGCAGCAAUCCCUACAAACACCUUGCUUAUGGAGCAGAAGGCAUUAGAAGAGCCAAUUAAAACAGAAAAAGUGACUGAAGACACUACUUUGGACACACAUUCGGAGUUGUUGCUUUUACUUUUCCAGAUGUGCUCCCCUGCUCAGCUCAGGCAAAAAACUGAAGAACUCUGUGCUGCCAUCGAUCAAGUCCUACAGGAUCCCUUGCCUAUGCGCCGGUGUGAAUCUUCUCCAUCUUCCCUGCACACAUCAAUGGAUUCAGACGUAGGCAAAAUGUCUGCAACACUGCAGAGAGCAGCUGGACGGGAAACCAGAUAUGCUAACCUUUACUUACCAACGCCUUCAGUGACAGAGAGUCAACUGACAAAGCCUGGUGUUAUUCGUCCAGGGCCGGUGAAAACAAAAAUCUUAUUAAAAACGGAGGAGCCCAAUCAACCAAACCCGUUCAAAAAAUACCUUGAAGAAACCAGAGAUCCAGAUAUUGAGCAGUGAAAGUGUUCUUAAAAUGAACAUGUGCUGAGUCAUCAUCCAAGACUACUAUAACAUGAAAUAUAUGGCACCAUGCAGGUAAAAUAGUCGGAGACAUACAAUUCUCCCCCAAGGAGUUCAGUCACAAACGUAAUUAACACAUUAUUUUUUAACAAAUGUCAUCUGCAUGGAAGCAUGUCCUCUGGAAUGGUGGCCAAAGCAUGAAGGGGCGUAUGAAUGUUUAGCUCAUCUGGCAUGUAAAUACCUUGAAAUGCUGGCUACAAAAGUCCCAUGUCAACGCUUGCUCUCACUUUAUGGUGACAUUGUAAAUAAGAAGUGGGCAGCAUUAUCCCCCGUAAAUGUAAACAAACUUGUUUGUCUUAGCAAUUGGCUGAACGAGAAGUAGGACUGAGUGGACUUGUAGGCUCUAAAGUUUUGCAUUGUUUUGAUUUUGCGUGCAGUUAUAUAACAAAAAAAAUCUACAUUUGUAAGUUGUACUUUCACGAUAAAGAGAUUGCACUACAGUACUUGUAUGAGGUGAAUUGAAAAAUACUGUUUCUUUUAUCAUUUUUACAGCGCAAAUAUUUAUAAUCAAAAUAAUAAUAUAAAGUGAGCCAUGUACACUUUUUACUCUGUUGUAAUUUAAAUCAAUAUAUUUGAAAAUGUAGAAAAACAUCCAAAAUAUGUAAUAAAUUUCAAUUGGUAUUCUAUUUAAAAAUGUGAUUAAAACUGCGAUUAAUUGUGAUUGAUGUUUUUAAUUGUGAUUAAUUUUUUUAGUUAAUCGCGUGAGUUAACUGCAAUUAAGCAACAUCUCUAGUGUGUACAUAUGCUUGUUGUUGUGUAUAGGCAUAUCUUAAAUAAAAAUAAGUUUGUUUAAAAUAUAGAAUCAUUUUUAUUGAAUUUUUGUUUU